GCUGCUUCUCUUUGACAAAUUUUUCUGCAUACUCCAGUUGCACCUCUCGGCCAUUAAAAGGCACAGCAUGCAAAUCGAUUAUGGUCAAGAGCGGGCACUAAUUGCGUCCAGUGUUCCCCAAGCAUUGAGUCAGUUUCGCAGAAUCCCUUGGAGGCACAACGUCGAGAAUCGCAAGAAACAAUGUUCUUGAUGACGUCGCUGCAAUUUCUGCUGCUGCUCUUAUCGGCCAGUUUGCAAAUGGAGGCAUUCAGAUAUUACGACUAUGACGACAACGAAGAAGUUAACUUUCGGUCCAAUGCUCAUGGUUACGGUCGUGCUGUCACAACAAGAACAGCAUGUGAAAGUCAUGGAGAGAUUGCACGCUGGAUCAACGAGCAGGUGGUGCGAAAUGCGAAACUUACGAGCUUCAAUCAGCACCUGGGCAAGCUAUUGAAUGCCUUGAAUACGAAGCGUCCGGAGCAGAUUGGAGACGAGCACUGCUGUUUCUAUGAAAAGGACACCAUGGAGAAGAUAUUGAAGGAUAUGACGAGCCUCUCGGCCAGCAGUGGCAUUGGCGUGGGCAAGCCGCUGGAGUCGAGCGGCGACAUAGGCAAGGAUCUGGACAGCAUCCUGGACAGAAUGAAAAUGCUGAUCGGCAAGGACACGAAAACCUGUUGCGAUCAGUUAACGGACAAUCUUAAAGCCAUGGAAGCCGAUUUGGUUAAGCAAUUGGAUGAGCUUAGCCGCAAAUUGAACGAACAGAACGAGGACAACACGAAGCAACGAGAUGAGCUCAAGGACAAGCAAGCUGAUCUGGAGAAGAAGCUAAAAGACAUAGCGCAGCGCAUCGAGCAACUGGAGCAGAACCAGAAGGACAACAAGGCGGAGGCGGAAAAGUGUUGCAAGGAGCUGAACUCCCGAGUCGAUGACCUAAACCAACAGCUGGAGAAAGCACAAGCCGAGACCCAAAAGAAGGCCAACGAGCUGAAGAAAGAGCUCAAAGACUUGCAGGAUAAACAAAAAGAGCAGCAGGAUCAAAUAAAUAACAUCAAAAUGGAAUCAGAGAAGCGCAUUGGGAAUAUUAAAUUGGUUAAGGAAAAAUGCGAUAAGACCAGUGAAAUAAACAAAGUGGAAAGCAAAUUACUUCAGGGCAACAGCACAGAAAACAAUCCGCUGUUGAAAAUAAUCCGUUUGGAGAAUGUGGUAAAUGAACACAAGGAACAUCUGGUGAAAUUCGUAAAGGUGGCAACAAGCAUUUCCCAUUGCCGGCGAUUCAAUGACGAACUAAAACAAAUGGAAGCCAAAGUUCAAGAGUUGGAACAACAAAAGACACCAGAAAAACAACCAGUAAUGAAUAAUUGCCCGGGACUGGACGAAUUGAAGGCGGAAGUUAAAAGGGCCAAGGCCUGCUGCAAGAACAUGGACAAGCUGUCCCAAGAUCUGGAGCAGCUGCAGCAAGAUGUGGACAAAAUGGGCGCCAAUUACAGUGAUCAUAUUGCCAAACUGGAAGCGGCUCUAAAGGAUUUGCAGCAGCGCCUCAACGAGGCAUUGGACAAGUUGAGCUCGGCUAGUUCCACGACUGUCAAGCCCACGACAGAUGGUAUUGAUGCCCAAGCCGUUGAUGCGCUCAUAAAACAGCUGCAAGCCAAACUGGCGGCGACAAAUGAUUUGCUUUCGGUAAUCCAAAAGAAUCUCGAUGAUAACGAUAACAAGCUGAACCAAAUCAAGGACGAUUUAAUCAAAAAAUACGACGAGUUGGACAAGCGGAAUGCGGAACGGCAAAAGGAAGCGCAAGAGUUCAAAAAUCAGGCCGAGCAACGUUUAAACGAUCUGGAGAAAUUGCUGCUCCGAUUGAAUAAUAAUAAUAAUCACAAUGCUCCCGCCAAGCUAGAUGGCAAAAUUGUGCAGCGCCUGGAAGAGCUGGAAAAGCAUCAAAAGAAACUGCGCAAGGAUACGGACAAGAUUUUGGAGCUGGAGCAACGAAUUGCGGAGCUGGAGGCGCGGCUUAAGGACGCACUCGAGAACCUUCACGAAAACGAUUCCGAACUAAACAAGUGUUUGAGCUCGUGCAAGGGUCUGGACAAACUAGACGAUCUUAUCGAUCGCAUCGAGGAUUUGGAGAAGAUUGCUGGCAUUCCCCCAAAAGCCAGAAGCCCCACAAACCCGACAAGCCCGACAACACGUUGGACGACAACAAGGAGACCUCACGGUUCGAAAGGAAGCGUUGACAGUGCAAUGCCCAUAUACGAGCCAUUAAAAUAAUAAUAAUAAUAUGAAAUUAAUAUUCCUUUCAUAAUUCUUUCAUGAAAAACUCAUUAAUUCAUGCGCCUUUCUAUGCGAUUUUCAUGGGCUUAAAUGAUAUGUUUUAAGCAUAUGUGAAACACCUUUGUUUAUUCUUGGGAUUAUAAUUUUGAAUGAUCGGAA